UAUUCCCUCCCUUCCUCUCCUCCUGAACCAAACACUGUUACCAUUUUAAUAUUCUCAGGGGCUGUUGGCGUGUAAGAAAUUUGAGGUUGUUCAGACAUGGCAGAGGAUCGGCGUCUCAUACUGCGGAACUUCCUUUCACCGGACGUCUGCAAGGAAUUAGAGUUCAUACAUAAAAGUUGUUGCACUGUCGGGUACAGACCCAACGUCUUCUCCACCACUCUCCCUCUUCUUAUUGCCACAAACUCUGCCCAUCUCAUCGUGCCCCUCGUUCCCAUCCGAGAGCGGUUGAAAGAGAAGGUGGAGGAAUAUUUUGGAUGCGAAUACGAGUUGUUCGUGGAAUUUACGGGACUCAUUAGCUGGUGCAAGGGAGCUAGCAUUGGAUGGCACAGUGAUGAUAACAGGGAUUAUCUCAAACAAAGGGACUUUGCGGUGGUUUGCUAUUUAAAUAGUCAUGGAGUGGAUUUUAAUGGAGGCUUGUUUCACUUCCAGGAUGGGGAACCCUCCACUGUGGUACCCAUGGCUGGUGAUGCCAUAAUGUACACAGCAGAUAACAAAAAUAUUCAUUCUGUUAGUGAGAUCAGUGAAGGAGAGCGAAUUACACUCAGUUUGUGGUUCAGUCGUGAUUCAGCUCAUGAUGAGGAUGCCAAAAUUUUGUCAUCACUCUGCGACCAUUCACUAAACAGUUCUAUAAGCAUGUCUCCUUCAUACUUCCCCAUGCUUGCACCGCAUAAUAUGUAUUGGUUUCCUCCUGAAGAAGCUUCAAAAUUCCAGUCUGGAAUUGAUAUAUGCUCUGCAAGAUUACAUGUUCUUGGAUUCGACAUUUAUUCCUCCAAUGAAGAACCCUGUUCGACUAUGGAUGCCUCCAAUGACCUGAAAUUGUUGAACGAACCAUUACAUCUGGCACGUGGUGAUAAGCUGCUUUCUUUAGAAUUUGUCAACAUUCUGCAUGCUCUUCAGGUGGUGCAAUUUUAUUACUGGAAGGCACCUGAGCUCAAGAAGUUGUAUGCAGAUGCAGCUUCCCCAGAGCCCAACGAGUCAUCUGUUAAGGUCACACAGCUAUCUGAAGUACAACGGGGAAAAAUCAAUUCGCUGAAAGGCAUGAUUUUAAAGGAUUGCAAUUUAGCAGAGAAUCUUCUUGCGAAAGCCAGCAAAGGCUUGCAGAUAUCAUUCGACUGUCGCAGUUUUUCUGCUGCAGUUGCCAAGUGGGAAGCUUAUACCUAUACGUUGCUGAAAGAAAUUGUUACAAACUUGCCACAGUGGAGAAGGCAUGGAUCCAUUUUCUCAAUGGUCAGCACCGACUAGAAAUCUGUUUCUUGUUUACAGUCUGUGGCUGUGAUCGGUUUCCUCACAAGGAAGUCAAAAGUUUUCAACUGAAGGAGAUGGGAAGCUGCAAAGGUGCUCGUUCGAAUAUUCCCUUUUUCUACUUCGAAGUUUAAGGUAUAUGUUUGUCCUAGAUAGUUGGAUAUGAUUCUGAUGAAGUUCAAAAUCAGACGGAUGGGCUUAACACAAACACGAACACCGGCGGAUAAUAUAAGUAAAUGGGUUGGGUUAAAGAACAGUAACUGAGUUUGUUCCUUUAGUGUUUUAGGUUUUUGGGAAUUUUGUUUAUUAAUUACUCGAAAUUGUGAUGUUUGGUGAAGUAGUUUUUGUUAGUGUUUUAGGUAAAAUAUUAUGUGAGGUGAUGUUUUAUGUGUAAAAAGUUAUUAUAUUCUAUUGAAAAAUUAAUGAACAUUAAAAGAACAAAUUCU